AGCUCCACUCAAAAACACAGCACCGAGAGAAGCAGCGAGGCGAGGGGGAAGACAGCAUUCAGUCGCGCGGAUUUGUUUUUCGUCUCUCCUCCCGACCUCCUUCACUUCGUGCAUGUGAGAAAAGCACUUUCUUAGAACAAGAACACCCGGACUUAAUAUAAAAAGGGAUUUAUCAUCAGCCAAUGAAGACUGCACAUGUAAGCAUACUGUCCCCUCCCACACUGCUCCGGUCGAAUGAAUUAACCUCCAGCUCAGCACACAGCCAAUCACAGCGUGGAACCCCAAGGGCCGGCUAGCAGAGAGGAACCGCAGCCCUCCGCUGCGUGCACGCCCGGUUGUCCCGUCAGGUAAUCCUGGAUGAGCCCACACGUCUGUCCCCCACUGUCCAGUCCAGUAUGAGGAGGCAAUGAAGGGGUACCAUGUAAGCAGAAGCCUCUCCCAGCACUCCGCUCCGGGACCAUGCCACUGCAUACCAGAGGACUGUGACCUCCCCCCCGAAUGCAUGCCCCUGACCCCGGACCCCCGCGCCGCUUUCGAACCCUACCCGGGGAUGGGGGACCAUCACCACUACUACCCCGCUCCCGCGGAGCUGAGCGGGGGCACCUUCCCUCGCUCGCUGCCCAGCCAGAGCUACGACUGUGAGGAAUGCCUGGCCUCUCACCACCCCCCUGCUUCUCUGCAGCUCUCGCUGGGAGGAGGGGGGAAGAUCCAGCACCUGCCCCCGAAGCUGCUGGACCAGUUUGAGAAGCAGCUCCCCUUCCGCCCCGAAGGCUUCCACACCCUGCAGUACCAGCGCGGCGCCAGCGGGGAGCAGCGCAGCGAGAGCCCCAGCCGGAUCCGACACCUGGUCAACUCGGUCCAGAGACUCUUCGCCAAGUCCCACUCCCUGGAGGCGCCCUUAAAGAGGGAGUACAAUGGGACGAGGGUGGCGCCAAGGGGAGAGGAGGGGCACCCCCCGCACCCCCAGCACUACCCCCGCCAGCACAGGCGGAGCAAGAGCCGCGAUCGCAAGGAGCUCCGGCAGCGCAGCAGGACGGCCGGCUGGUGGAGCUCGGAUGACAAUCUGGAAAGCGACAGCGGCUACCUGGUGUCAGGGGCCGGGGGCAGCAGGGCGGGGCCCCCGCCGGGCUCCGAGGGGCCGGACAGCAGCGCCCCGACCCUGAAGUCCCUCAAGGGGAAGGCGCUGCAGCAGCUGCAGGGGGAGUGCAUGGCUUGCAGCAGCAUGGCACUGGCAGGGGAAGGAGGGCUCUCCCUCAAGAGGAACAACUGGUCAUCCCUGACGGUCAGCCAGGCUCGGGAGGGGUACCCCGGGUCCGGACUGGGCUACGACAAGGCGCUGGUUCUGCACGAGCCCGGCAAGACCAAGGAGCGGGCUUACCACUUCCUGCAGGUUCCCUCGGACGAUUGGGGUGGGGGGUACCCCGCGGGGGGCAAGCUGGGGGGGGAGAUCCCGUGCCGACGCAUGCGGAGCGGAAGCUACAUCAAGGCCAUGGGGGAUGACGACAGCGGGGACUCGGACGCCAGCCCCAAACCAUCCCCCAAGACCGGGCCGAGCACGCAGAGAGAGGCCUUCCGACGCUCCGUCAGCAUGGACCACCGCAGCCCCUCCAGCAACUACUCCUCCUGUAAGCAGUGCUCCGACUACCCCAGCUGCACCACGCCCAAGGUCAACUUGAGGGCAUGCAGCUACAGCCGCUCCCUGACUGCCACGCAGCUCGGGGAGGCUCUGAUGCAGCGGCAGUUCGAAGGGAUGUAUGAGUCUGUUUACGGGGAGACCGAGUCGCAGGCUGUGGACGCUCUGGACCUGCCCGGCUGCUUCCGCACGCGCAGUCCCAGCUACGUCCGCGCCAUCCAGGCCGGGGUCUCCCAGGACGACGACUGCCUGUCCGUCUUCAGCCUGUCCAACCCGCAGGGCCACGGCAAGACAGGCAACUUGUUCCCGCACCGCAAGCACCCCCCUCCAGUCCCCCCUCGAAUCUCCAAACCCAUGAUCUCCAUCACAGCCCAGAGCAGCACAGAGUCCCAGCAGGACAGCUACCCGCCAGACCAUCCCAAACCCCAACCCCGCAGCAACUCAACGGAGAGCCUGGACGUGGGGCGCGUCUCCCGAACCGCGGGCCGGAGCAGCAAACUGCACAGCAACUCGGCGGACAACCUUCUGGAGGGGGUCCGGGGCUACCAGGGGACCCCCUCCUCGGGGCGCCCCAAACCACCGCACAGCAGCUCCGCAGACAGCGUGCUGGACAGGGCUCCAGCCACCCCCAAAAACAACAGCCUGAAGACGCCCGGGAGCCAGGAGCACAAGUCGGAGAGCAGGGGGAGGAAGUGGAGGCCGUCCAUCGCAGUGCAGGUGGACAGCUCGGACUCUGACUCGGAGAGCAAAGCCCUCAGGGAGUUCCACUCCAUCGGUGUGCAGGUGGAGGAGGACAGGAGACGGGCGCGGUUCAAGCGUUCGAACAGCGUGACGGCGAGCGUGCAGGCGGAUCUGGGGUGCGAGGGCGUGGCCACGGCGGACAAGGGGCUGCAGUUCGGACACUCCUUCCAGCGCCACUCCUCCGAGCCCGAGUCCGUGGGGCAGUACGGCGUGUACCGGACCGUCCACACGCAGGGAGAGUGGGCGUACCGCGAGGACUGCCAGCCCCUGGAGAGCGGCUGGAGCGAGGGGCCCCCCAGCCGGCCAGCCUCCGCCCGCGACGGGGAGCACUUCCUGAAGAGGCUGCAGGCAGAGGUGGAGAGGAUGGAGGGAUGGUGCCAGGCCAUGGAGAGAGAGGCGGAGGAGAGCGACCUGGGGGAGGAGGUUCUUGAGAUGGUCCGCUGUGCGGUGGGCAGUGCCCAGCUGCUGAUGACUCAGAAGAUUCAGCAGUUUUUCAGACUGUGCCAGCAGAGCUUGGACCCCUCUGCGUACCCCCAGCCCACUCCUCAGGACCUGGCUGGACUCUGGGAUCAGCUGCAGCUCUCUAUCGAGGAUGUGCGGCUCAAAUUCCAGGAGCUUCAGAGACUGAAGGACAGAGGCUGGAAAAUCCCUGAGAGGAAGGAGGAUAAGAAGAUUCCUCCUCUGUUACCAAAGAAGUCAGCGGGUGGUGUGAGCGGCAGUGCUGUCACGAGUGUCAGUCUGGGAAGCCUCAGCAUGGGGGGCAGCCUGGGGUCCCGGGCAGGGAAGGUGCUGCUUCCCCGGGACCGAUCCCUGGACCUGGUAGGGGACCGGCAGAGGCAGGAGGCAAGGUGGAGGCUGCUAGCCGGAAAACGCACCGCGUCCUUCCGGCAAAACUCAGCCACAGAGAGCGCCGACAGCAUCGAGAUCUACAUCCCGGAGGCCCAGACCAGGCUGUGAACCACAGAGCCUCGGAGCCACGAAGCCAGCCCAGCCUCGGCACUCUCUCUCCCCCUCUCUCCCCCAGCACAGCGCCUCAGCCGACCAGCCUGCCCAGCUCGCUUUUACAUUUCAUGUCAUUUCAUUCCGUGGGUUUGUUUCAUUGUAUUUGCGACCAGUGCAAAAAUAUGCUCCCAUUUCUUUUAAUUUAUUUUUUUUCUCCUAAAGAGAAUUAAAUCAACCUCUUGUUUCAACACCAGUAAAUAAUGGUGUGCUCCAGCGAAGGCUUAGUAAAUUGGGCCAUUUUAUAUAUCAGCUGCUUUUUGUGGGCGUGUUCCUCACCGCGUUCAUCGUUAUCUCUGCUGCACUGAGAAAAAACAAGGAAAGCACAUCUACAGACACAGACCCACAACACAACUCACAGAGCAGUGAGCUGGGAGCUGACACACACAGACCCACAACACAACUCACAGAGCAGUGAGCUGGGAGCUGACACACACAGACCCACAACACAACUCACAGAGCAGUGAGCUGGGAGCUGACACACACAUACCCACAACACAACUCACAGAGCAGUGAGCUGGGAGCUGACACACACAGACCCACAACACAACUCACAGAGCAGUGAGCUGGGAGCUGACACACACACAGACCCACAACACAACUCACAGAGCAGUGAGCUGGGAGCUGACACACACAGACCCACAACACAACUCACAGAGCAGUGAGCUGGGAGCUGACACACACAGACCCACAACACAACUCACAGAGCAGUGAGCUGGGAGCUGACACACACAGACCCACAACACAACUCACAGAGCAGUGAGCUGGGAGCUGACACACACACAACACAACUCACAGAGCAGUGAGCUGGGAGCUGACACACACAGACCCACAACACAACUCACAGAGCAGUGAGCUGGGAGCUGACACACACAGACCCACAACACAACUCGCAGAGCAGUGAGCUGGGAGCUGACACACACAGACCCACAACACAACUCACAGAGCAGUGAGCUGGGAGCUGACAGACCCCCAACACAACUCACAGAGCAGUGAGCUGGGAGCUGACACACACACAGACCCACAACACAACUCACAGAGCAGUGAGCUGGGAGCUGACACACACACAGACCCACAACACAACUCACAGAGCAGUGAGCUGGGAGCUGACACACACAGACCCACAACACAACUCACAGAGCAGUGAGCUGGGAGCUGACACACACACAGACCCACAACACAACUCACAGAGCAGUGAGCUGGGAGCUGACACACACAGACCCACAACACAACUCGCAGAGCAGUGAGCUGGGAGCUGACACACACAGACCCACAACACAACUCACAGAGCAGUGAGCUGGGAGCUGACACACACACAGACCCACAACACAACUCACAGAGCAGUGAGCUGGGAGCUGACACACACACAACACAACUCACAGAGCAGUGAGCUGGGAGCUGACAGACCCACAACACAACUCACAGAGCAGUGAGCUGGGAGCUGACACACACACAGACCCACAACACAACUCACAGAGCAGUGAGCUGGGAGCUGACACACACAGACCCACAACACAACUCACAGAGCAGUGAGCUGGGAGCUGACACACACACAGACCCACAACACAACUCACAGAGCAGUGAGCUGGGAGCUGACACACACAGACCCACAACACAACUCGCAGAGCAGUGAGCUGGGAGCUCAACUGCGUUACUCUUGCCCCCCCUGCUGGACAUCCCAGCAACGGACACCCUGCCUUGUUACUGCGUCAAGCUGCUAAAACUGCACAGGACCUCUGGACAGCAGAGUGCUAGAGCCAGGGAGCUAGAGCCAGGGGACUAGGGGUCGUUUUUAUUUUGUUUGUUCGUUUGUUUGUUUUUUUCAUUACAUGACAACCGUUUCAACACAAUAACAGGCUUUUUAUUACCUUUUUAGAUUUCUUUUUUUUUUUUUUUAAUUUAUAAUAAUAAAUCUUCAUAUUUUAAAAUUGAAGUAUAUUUUAAUACAAAUGACAUGCGAUCUAAAAUAUAUCUAUAUCUAUAGCGAUAAAUAUAUUAUAUUAUAUCUAGAGGGCCACACUAUAGCUGCUCUGUUACUGUGUUUAAAAGCUGUGUCGUGCCCCACUCCCUCUAAUGCAGUUUGUUUAAAGUUGUUUUAUUGUACAAGUCUGUCCUUCUCAGUGCCUUCCAGGACCCUAGCAAGCUCAGUGACACACGCUUCAUUGAGAGAGACAGAUAGAAGCCUAUAGGUAGGCUCGGGGAGCCAGCACUUUCACUCCAAUCAUCCUCUUUGUCUGCUCACCCGUUAGUCUAAGGAUCCGUUCAUAAAACAUUUAGAAACGACUUAGUAAAGGCUUUAACAAUUAUUAAUACAGAACUCUGUUUAUUACAAUACCAUUUGAGUGACACAUUACUAUUGUCUUGUCAUAAAGCAGUAAUGCGCUGUGUUAUAAAUGCUUAUUUACAUUCUUAUAACACUGUUGCUGUAGCCUCUUAUUACUAACACUAAUAGCAGUGUUACUGUUGAAUUUGUUUAUAACAUCCUUUAUAACACAUUCCUCAUAAUGGAUCCUUGAACUAAAGCCAGUUAUUGCAGUGUUUUCCAGUCGCUGCCUCCUCAUAAGAGGCAGAGUCAGCAGGCCGAGGUUUGUGUGUGUGUUUUCAUGGGAUUAUUUUAACAUUGCUGCUGCCGGAUGAGUUUGAAAUGACCAGAAAAAGGGUUUCGCUCCCAUUCUUUGGCUUGCCCAUGCUUCCCUAUGCAUGCAUUCACUUUCUGGUUUGGAACAGUGAGGGGAUCAAACAAACUGACCUUGUAACGCUAAACAGCGUCUGCAACGAAAAAGCUAAGAGGCAGAGAACAUUGCAGCAGCUUCAGACCGGGGGCUGCUUGUGUGGAAGUGGAAAUGUGGUCCGGUUUUUACAGGCUGCUAAUAAGAGGAGGUCUGUUCAGAAGUGCUUCAGCAUUGAGAGGAGCGCGCGGUGUCAGAGGGGCUGUCGAUCUGAGAGCGGCUUACGUUUCCAUCCACAGCACAACAGGAGCGUUCAAAUCCUUUCCCGGAGCUCUGCCGUCAUUACACCCCUUUACACCCCAGUAACGGACCCGCUCGCUGCCUGCUGGGCGCUUGCAAACAACUGGGAAAGAAGAGGGAAGAGAACAAAGAAGUGAACAGGCCUGCAGUACAGAGCACCAAUGACGCUGGUCGUGUUUUACAGUUUUCUACUGAGCAAAUAAAAUGUGCCUAAGAGGGAGCUGUCUGAUACUAUUAUUAUUAUUAUUAUUAUUAUUAUUAUUAUUAUUAUUAUUAUUAUUAUUAUUAUUAUAUAAAAUUGCAAAAAAAUAUUUUAAUGUAGCAAAAUCCCAAUGGUGGGAUGAACAGUGGACACAGCCACUAGAUGACUGACAACACUUUGUAAGUACAGUGUUAUAUUAUUGUGAUUAUUCUGAUAUUGUCAUGCCCACGAGGCAGUAGUUUGUGUGGCUUGCUUUUUACUCAUUGUAAAACUGCUAACCCUAGGCAGCAUGCUUUUUAAAUGACUGUCGCGUUAAUGCUAGGUUGGUUGAAGAUGCUGCUUGAUUUUUGUAACGUCCCCCCGCCCCCCCCACCCCCCAAGCUGGAGGAUCCUGUGUCCUCGUCUUACUGUCGCUGCGGUUCUGCAAACGGGAGGGAAAGACAAGACAGUGCCAGACUGAGGGUCCUGGAAAAGAGCUUUGUUCUACCCGACCCUUAGAGUUUCCCACAGUAACUAAAGCGUGGACGAGCAUAGGCAAGCACUGUGAAGCCCAGAGAGGUAUGGUAAAGCAUAGGCAAGCACUGUGAAGCCCAGAGAGGUAUGGUAAAGCACAUCCCAAACAGAAACCAAACAGCAGCACGCUGAAGGGUUUUAUUUUAAAACUGGAUCAUGUCGCUAUGUAAACGGAAUGAUGCACACACAGCAGCAGGGGGCUCAGUGCCACCUUCUCAAGUGUGGACGUUUCAGAUUACAGGAUGUGAAUCACUAUGUAAUUACCAGCGGACCCUGCUAUUGACAUGGGAACUGCGUUGUAAUUACAUGGUAAUGACACUAUGGACCUGGUGUAAUUACACAGUAACACGUGAGACUUGUAAUAACACGUGUAGUACACUAAUAGUUACUGUGCAAGAGCAGCAAUGUUGGUAGUCAUCCAGUUAUUACACCUUCAUGUGCGCUAUCAUGUAAAUGAACUAUUAUGCUAGUUAUUUUAAUAGGAGGCACCCGUGCAGUGUUCAUACACUGACUUCUCCAGUCGUGCUGGAGAGCAUUCGAGGUCUGGAGCCUGUCUAUCAGAGAACAACCACAGGCCGACCAAACACACGCGCAGCUGCCUUCAGUGCAGAAUUCUUUAAUGAAAACAGGAAACAGAGUUCUAGAAAGAAUUAGAGUGCAUAAUAGCAUUGCGAUUCUGUGAAAGCACACCUGUGUUUAAAAAGCAUCUACCGAGUAAAUGCAGAGUCACUUAGCUAAAGAAAUCCAUGUUAGCUCCUGCCACCCUUAGACAAGGCACUGUGAUGUGUUUUAUCAGUCAGAAUGGAACACUGUUGACGUUGCAAACUCUUUUUUUAUUAUAAAAGCUAUUUUAGCGA